GGGGUGUGGGUGGUGUGUUGGUACCUCUGCGUCCGCAAAGUAGAAAAGUGUCAGAUCCAGCAGCGCAGAGAGAGAAGGUUUGCGAUUGCAGAGGGCCUGUGUUUUCGUGUAGGAUUGAGUGUUUUGUUUCAAUUUUUUUGUGUGUGUGGCCCCCACCGAGUCGGGGCGAAGGGCGCGGAAGGGCCUUGCGAGAGGAGGGCGGGCGUUGCGCCAGUGAAGCCGCCGGCCGCCAGAGCGGUGAUCGCGUUUCUGUGACCGAUCGUUUGUGUAUGUGUACAAGUUUUUUUCGCGAUAUUUAUUGUUGUCGCAAAAAAAAACAGGAAGGAGUUCACCGACGUCGGAGCUUUCGUCCCAAAUGGGAUCACUCCUUCCGUUUCGCCGUUGAGUCGAGCUGCACCAGGCGAAGGAGGCUCCGGAGCCGUGCAUCUCUCAUCCCAUGCUGAUAUGAUUGCAUAGAGUAGAUAGACUAUGGCUCCCACGCCACGACCAGGUAGCCUUAAGGACCCUGAAAUAGCAGAGCUCUUCUUCAAGCAUGACCCAGAAAAGAUUUUUGAUGAUUUGCGGGAGAUUGGACAUGGCUCCUUUGGGGCUGUGUACUAUGCUCGGUGUCUGCUCACCAAGGAGAUUGUGGCCAUCAAGAAAAUGUCUUACACAGGCAAACAGAGCUUGGAAAAGUGGCAGGAUAUCCUGAAGGAGAUCAAAUUUCUGAGGCAAUUGAAGCACCCAAAUACAAUAGAAUAUAAAGGAUGUUACCGUGGCGACAAGGACCACACCGUUUGGGUGGUUAUGGAGUAUUGUGUGGGCUCUGCUUCAGAUAUUAUAGAAGUGCAUAAAAGGCCAUUGCAUGAAGACGAAAUUGCUGCAAUUUGCGAUGGUGUUCUUAGAGGACUCAACUACCUCCACAGUCUUGGCAGGAUUCAUAGAGAUGUCAAAGCUGGUAAUAUUUUGCUGACGGAAAUGGGCGUAGUGAAGUUAGCCGAUUUCGGUAGUGCGUCUGUGAAGUGGCCGGCGAAUUCUUUCGUCGGUACGCCCUAUUGGAUGGCGCCGGAGGUGAUCCUAGCUAUGGACGAGGGACAGUACGAUGGAAAAGUGGAUGUCUGGUCUUUAGGUAUAACGUGCAUCGAAUUGGCGGAACGGAAGCCACCCUAUUUUAAUUUGAAUGCAAUGUCUGCGUUAUACCAUAUCGCCCAGAAUGAGGCGCCCAGCUUGCAGAACGGCGAUUGGUCUGUGACAUUUAGGGAAUUUGUGGAGGUGUGCUUACAAAAAUUACCAUCUAGUCGACCCUCGUCUGGCGAGUUGCUUGCUCACCAAUUGAUUGCACGUACGCGCUCACCCAAUGUUUUGGUUGACUUGAUACAAAGGACUAAAGCGGCUGUCAGAGACUUGGAUAAUCUGAAUUAUCGGAAGAUGAAGAAGAUUCUUAUGGUCGAGGAAACCGAAAGCACUGUGGGAGAUGUGGACGAUGUGCAGGACGAACCUACGGGUGGUGAUAGUUCGAAAAGCAAUUCAGUCACCUCUGAACAUAGUGUGCAUAGUGUUGGGGUGUCAGCUAGUAGUCAAUCGAGUAGUACUAACAGUAUACCAGCAGGUACGUUUGCCUACCCGUCACCUAACCAGCAUAACAUUAACAAUGACCACCUUUUAAGUGGUGAUGAUGGUGCGAAUAGGCGUCACAAAAUGGUCAAUAAUGCUGCGGCCGCAGCCGUGGUCGCUGAUCACGGGCCUAAUAACUUCGCCACAAUCCGUACAACUAGUAUAGUUACAAAACAAGCUAAAGAACAUAUGCAGGAAGAGAUGCAUGAGCAAAUGACUGGCUACAAGAGGAUGCGGCGCGAGCAUCAAAGUGCGUUAGUUAAAUUAGAAGAAAAAUGUAAGAUGGAAAUGGAGAAUCAUAAGAAUCAACUGGAUAAGGAGUACGUCGCUUUGUUGCAAACGUUUAGUAAAGAACUGGAAAGGCUUCAGAUUACUCACCACCAAGAGUUAGACAAGAAGCUUAAGCAAAACACCACAGGCGAGAGGAAGCUGCACAAGGAUAUUACUAUGCGACAAGAUAUGGACAAGAAGGCGUUCGACGCGCAUUGCAAGAAACAGUAUAAGGCAACGAAGGAGCAGUGGAAAAGAGAACUGUCGCAGGAUGAUUCGACGCCGAAAAGGAUGCGAGAUGCCACACUGCAAACUCAAAAGGAAAACAUGAAACUGCAAGAAGCGCAGGAAGAACAGCGACUCAUUCGCGGUCAAAAAGAAUAUCUAGAAUUAGAGAUGCGCAAGUACCGAAGAAAGAAGCUACUUAACUACCAUAAUUUAGAACUAGAGCUCCUUAGAGAAGAAUUGAAUAAACGGCAACAGCAAUUGGAACAAGCGCAUUCGAUGCUAUUGCGUCACCACGAGAAAACGCAAGAGCUAGAGUACAAGCAACAGAAGGCUGUGCACGCUUUGAGGGAGGAGCAAGUGAAGAGUCAACAUGACACUGAAAUAACCAAUCAGGAUGUAUAUAUGAAGAGAGCGGAGAGGGAUCUUCAUAAGAAGCACAGUUUGGAGAUCAAACAACAACCGAAAUCGCUCAAGCAAAAGGAGAUGUUGGUGAGGAAGCAGUUUAGAGAGACGUGUAAGGUGCAGACGAAGCAGUACAAGGCACUGAAGGCUCAAAUCCUGGCGACAACGAGCAGGGAACAACAGAAGCAUGUGAUUAAGAAACUAAAGGAGGAGCAACGCAGGAAGCUAGCGCUGCUCGGGGAGCAGUACGAGCAGAGCAUCGUCGAGAUGGUGCAGAAGCACUCGGUGCGACUCGACGAGAACCAAGAGACUGAAGUGCAGCAGCUCAAGGAGCGGCUGAACUACGAGCUGGAGAUUUUAAUUGCGUACCAAAGCAAAAACAGGAUGCAGGCGCAGGCGCAAAGGGAACGUGAACGGAACGAACUUGAGGAUAGGGUCAGUGUCAGAAAGGCAUUACUCGAACAAAAGAUGAAUUCCGAGAGCCAGAGGUUUUUCGUGGAACGCUCGGAACGCAUCAAGAUGCUCCACGAUAAACAAGAAAAGCAGGUGCAAGAGUUCGACAACGAGUCCGCUAGACUGGGUUUCAGUACGUUGGCAAUCGCGGAGGAGACUCGCGAGAAAUACCACGAGGACGAUAGGAGUCUGUCCGGUUCGAUGCUCAGUCUGGCCCAUUCAAACAGCUCGACAAGUUUUCCUCCAGGCUAGGAAAAAUUCGCGCUUCUGUUUAUACUUUACAUACAUACUUUUAAUUUUUAUAAUUUACGGCUGCGUUUCUCUCUCUCAGUCUUGUCUGUCUUUGUCUCUCUCUCUCUCUCUCACUCUCUAUUUAUCAUGCUGCGUGUCUUGGCAGACGGUAGUGCAUUCAUUAAUCGAGGGCUAAAUUAAUUAAUUAAUCAAUUUGAGAGGAAACGGAUCGGAUGCGGUGAAGACUUUUAAAAUUACAUUCUUUCUCUUUACAUUUUUUUUUCGUUUAAAUGACACGUAAACAAAUAAUAAUUAUUAAAAUGAAGAGAUGGUGAUUCAACGGCAAAAUAAAAACAAUCGGCUUGUCUAAUUUGAAGUAAUCCUUUAUACAUAUAUAUGAGUAAUAAUUGUGCGAAGAAGGAGAAGGGGAGGUUGAGAAGUGCAGCAAAACAAAACAAAAAUAAGAAGUACACGACAAAAAAGAAGGUCUCGGAUCUUCGGCAACGUUUCGACUCGUCUCGCCGCCGCCACCUGCGCCAGUGCUGUUCCUCGCAAAUUUUCUUUCGUUGUCGUUCGUCGUCGAGCGAAGACGGAGAAGAAGAAAAAGACUUAGUUUAAUACAUUUGAGAAAAACAAACAACAACCACCCACUUACUAAAAAAAGAAGGAAACUAAAUAAAUCAGUGAACUGAAAAAAAAAUAUACAAAACAAACGACAAUUUAUUCUUGGGAAAUAACCAUUUCACUACAAACAUUUCUGAACCGAAUCCACGUAUUAUUUUAUUUUCUACAUUUUUUUUUCUUUUUUUUUGUAUCUUAACGCAUUUUCUGUUACGCUAGUUUUUAUUACAUGCUACUUUUGAAAUUUAUUUAUUUUCGAUGCGACUUUUCCGUUCGUUCAUCCACAAAUUUCUCCAAAAUCCGUGCAUAUUUUUUGUUUUUUUUUAAAUUUUAUUUUGUGUUAUUUCUUGCUGGAAAUGCAGUCGUUCGAUUUCAUCUUUCCAAUGCGAAUCGCAGCGGCUGAAUUUCCUUUCCGUUUUUUUUUUCUUUUAUAUAAUUUUAAUGCUUGAACUUAUAUAGAAUGUAAGAAGAAAAUUUUUUAACGUGUCGUUUUUCUGUACAGAAGAAGUAAAAGAAACGUGAAUAAGAAAAUAUUUAAAGUCCCCGUGUACAUAUUUAUGAGACGAACCAUAUUUGCGUCAUUGUAAUUUUAUAGUUUUAUAACUAUAUAUUUUAGAGUUGAAGCGCGUAUUCUGUGUAAAUAUGAAAUUAUUAAUAAGAGUGUUGUUUG